AUGUUCUCCUGCUGCACCAACGAGGAUGCUGAGAUCACAGCAAGCAGCUUCAGCCCCAAAGGGGCUGCUGACCUCAUCCCUGUUGUAUGUAUCACAGACUUCCUUGUCUGCAGUAAGGGCUGCUCCUCCAAACCAGAGAUAAUAGCAGUUUCUGCAGUUGCUCUAGUUCAUAUAAUACACAGUCAUCAGCUCCAGGAUCUUUCAUUUGCAGAUCCUUUUAAGUCAAGGACAAGAAAUACCAAGAACAUUUACAGACCUAUGAGGAAAGAAAUGGUCAGAAUAGCAGUAGCUGCUGGACUAAGAAAAAGCAGCACCCACCUUAGAGACAUGGAAGGUGCAGAAAAGGAGUAUUUUCUUGAUCCCAGUCCUCCACAGCUAACAUUAGCUUGGAAAUCAAGCCUAGCUGAGCCUUGUUCCUUGCCAUUACCUGCUGAAGAACAGAUAUAAAGGAAGCACAGAGCCACACAGCAUGGAGACUCCACACAGCCUUGUACAAUAUGCAGGGAAAAACUUGCACUCCAGCCUAGGGUGCUGCAUUCAUGUUCCCAUGUACUCCAUAAAGUAUGCCUGAAAACCUGAGAAAAAUUUAUAGCUAAAAUUUGCCCUACAUAUAGAAAGGAACAGUAUCAGACCAGAGUGAUGCAUAGUGGGAGAUUUCAAAGUUCCUGCAGGGGAUAUAUUGCUAGAAAAUGUGACAAAGACUUGAGAGAAACAGUGCCUCCUAAGGACAGCAAAUUAAGAAAAUGACUAUUUGAGAAAAAGUAA